CUGCGCUCCUAUUUGAGCGGGACGCGCUGCCCUCUCUGUGCCGCUGCAGAGGAGUGACAGCCAGCCUCACCGGGACGCUCUCUAGAUAACCAACUCAUCAUCCUGACAACCAUCUUAUAGGUUCAAGAAAUGCUCUUUUUCAGAACCAAACUGAGGAAAAACCAAUGAAAUGAACCCUGGCACAAAAGAUAUACAAUCUAAGAAUUUGAAUCUUGAAUUAUCAUCAUUUUAAUCACACAAUCUUUAUAAAUAUCAAGAAUCAAUCAUGUCCAAGGACGACGCUUGUAAAGUGUCGUCUGCCAGCAAACACAAGGAGCGCAAGCCGAAGAAGCCUCACUAUAUUCCCCGGCCGUGGGGCAAACCCUACAACUACAAGUGCUUCCAGUGCCCCUUCACCUGCAUGGAGAAGUCCCACCUGUACAACCACAUGAAGUACAGCCUGUGCAAGAACUCCCUUUCUCUGCUCAUAGAGUCCGACUGGCCGUAUAAAAAGGGCAACCUCCUGCACCCGGAACAGUUACGACCCUUUCAGCAGGCGCACGGCCAUCAAGUUACCGGGAAAGACGGACUGGAGCAGGUGACGCGGACGGAGGAGGGACAAAGGCACCGAAGGGCCGUGGAGGAGGAUGGUGAGGAGAGGGAAAGCCAAGGACCGGAAGAUGAAGAAGAGGGAGGACGAGGAGAGGGGCUGGAGGUCACGAAAGAGAGCUCCAGAGACCGCAACAGAGGAGACCCUGCAGAGUGCGUUACCAGGAAAAUCAAACAGCCAGAGUCAGAGCUUCUGAUGGCUGACAUGCUCUCCCUGGAAGAUCAGCUUCUACGAGCACGCUCAGUAGAGGUAGAGGCCCAGCUGAAACACUACAAGCUGUCCAAGACGUAUCUGACAGCUCCUAGUCUGCUGUCGGAGCAGUGGCGGCUGUUGGCGUCCGGCCACACUAAGGCCAAAGCUGAGGGUGCUCAGCCCCGAGUGAGCAGUUCAAUCCCAUGUUACCCUCCUCCGCCAAACCUGGUGGAUUACCAGGAUCCGACCGGACUCAACCUGUCAGUGCUCGGGGUGGGCUACCCCAUCAGCCCCAGCCUCUUCUCCUACAUGAACUCAGCUAUUCCCACCGCUACCACGGGUAUCUCCGCCCAGACCCACGCGCAGCUCGCCCAGCUUCCCUUCCUGGCGUCGGCCGCUCAGCUGAUGCACCCGGCCUCCAGCGCCCACACAGACAGAGCUCUCCUCCCCCCGCGCCUCUACUACCCGUUCCUGUGCGAGCACACGUUCAGAGCGGCCUCCAGUCACAGCGAAGCCAGCAAAGCGCUCAAGACGUCCACAAACAGUCUGGAGGUGAAUCCCCUGUCCGGCUUCCAGCCUAAAGUCAAUCUGUGGAAAGUGCCUGCUUUGCGGCCGGGGACCGCCACCGUUUCCCCUGCUGGCUGGGCGUCACCUCAGAGAGACUCUCCAGAACAGGGCUACAGGUUGGGAGAUAAACUGCAGGCUACCGCCAAGGAAGGCAAAGCAACCUGGGGCCUCAAGAGGACGGGGGCUCCGCUGGGGAACCACGAGGCACCUGUGGAGAAGAAGCCGGCCGUGGGUGGUUUCGCUUUGGACCUUCUGAAGAAUAUUCAGACUGCAUCAACUCUUAAUAUGGCAGCGGACAAACUUCUCUUCCAUGGAAGUUUACAGGAUGCUCAGCUUCCGACCCGGCCCACUGACCUGUGGUACAAUGACCCUCUCACCAGUCCCAACAGUGAAACAUCCUCUCUUUCCACCUGUGGGGGUCCUAACAGCCAGGACCCGACUGCUGCCCGGACAAUGGGGGAGGGAGCUUCAGAGUCAGUGGCUGCUCUCCUCAGUGACCUCUCCAAGGCCUUACAGGAGUACCAGGAGGCCGAACGCAAAAUCUCCCACCUGGAGAAGGAGGACCUUCCCGCCCAGCGCCACCUCUGGGAACACCUGGGCAAAAUCCGCAGCGAGCUCUCCCACAUCCACCAGGCGCUGGAGCGGACGGCUCGCCAGAGCGACGGGCCUCUCGACCUGUCAGUCAAGAGGGACUCGACGGAUUUGGUCGGUGACCGCGGCGCGAGAGAGGACGGCAGCCUUAAAGGCAACGCGACGGAGACGGAGGAGGAGGACGAGGAGCUGGAGGAGAAAAGGGAGGAAGAAGAGAACGAGAGGAAGGCGAUGAAGGCUUCGUUGGAGAGCCGUAAGCAGUCGUUGGACAUGCUGAUCAAGAUGAGUCAGGCGUCGGUGGUGAACACAGAGGUUUUAUCUCCAGGCGGUCUCGGCAUGAGGCCCAGUUCUGCUGAGGCCUUGUGGCCGAGCAGAACCACCAAGUGCGAGGCGGACUCCAGCGUGCUGCUCUGCCCAGACGGCCGCUCAGUGGUGUUCACCGACAUCCCCUCCUCUGCCAAAACCCCAAAGAGACCCCCGUCCAUACAGCGACUAGAAGCCCAGUGUCCUCCGAGCCCUUUGACAGCUACUGACAAUUAAACUAUUCUUCUGACUGUAAUAUAACCGACUCCGUACAGUUGUUCCGAUGCAGUUGUCUUCAUUAAUACUGGCAUGCCUUUGAUUUUCACUGGCUGGAAGAGGACUCUCACUCUUAACUUUCAACUUCACAAAAACCUCAAACAUGUUGCACCUUAUAAGACAAACAGGGAAUGAAUGACAAUAUUUGAAAAAAAAAAAAAAAAGGUCUUACAAAUGCACUACGGACAUUGAUUGUUACAAUAAGAUUCUCCUACAAAUUAUUUAAAAAUGUAACAUAAGCACUUAACAAUAAACUCCAUCAGGAUCAUUUGAAUAAUUAAGUCCAUUAAAAAAAUCAUAUUGAGAGACAAUCCUUUGAAUGGAUUUGUAAAUAUUGUAAUUACAAUAAAUGUAAGUAAAAUGUUUAAAAGGGUAAAAAUGGUUUUAUAGGGAUGAUGUCAUGUUGGACUGCAUCAUUUCACUUGAUGACAAUAAAUUGUAUUAUACACACUGUAUUUCUUUGAAUAAACUGAGUAAAAAAACAUAGUUUCCUUCUUUUUUAUGCAAGUGGAAUAAUAAAAGGGGAAAUGGGAACGGAGUGUAAAGUCAAAAACUUGUAUAUUAUUUGAACAUUUGAACUGUUCAGUCUCGAUGGUAAAGACCAUGAGGCGAAAUGCCAUCACUAUCAUUUAAAGUCUAAAUAAGAGACAAACAGACUCAUAGUGGCAGCACCACCUGACUCUCCUCUAUCUGCCCUGACACAGUGCUAAAGGUGAAGCAGCUCCUUA